AAAUCGGCCUUUGCUGGAACCCGAUUGCCCCGGUUCUGCAGGAACAUCCCGCAUUUAAGCGAACUCGAGGGACGACAUGUCCUCGAUCAUUCAAAAGUCCCUAGGUCUGAUAUUGCUGCUCAAAGGGUAAAAAGAAAAAUAUUUCACGUCUUCAGUCAGGCGGGACAGACCAUUAGAGUCCUGGAACUUGAUUAUUCUUCCUGUUAUCUCUUUCACUUUGUUGCAGGCUGGCGAUGGUUGAGUAGCAAAGACAGUGGUGCAGCGAGCUCAAGGGAGCCGGAAGACGUCGGAGCUAGAUCACUCUUGAUGUCAACGCACAAACAAUAUCUUUACACAACUUUCAGCCAUAUCUUAUUGCUGGCGUGAGACCGUUUGGGUGCUGGCACCUCGACUCCAAAUUAAACAUGGAGCUGCCACCACUCUCCAGCCUUGCCAUACCCGGAGUAUCUCUACUCAUUGCAUUUCUUGCGUACUCGUCGCAGAUACUCUUUCACUAUAUUGAACCUGGACCCCUAGAAAAGGACCAAUAUGUGAUUUUCAACUUAGUUGUGGCCUGUAUCUGGGUAUGCUACGCAAGAACUUGUUACAUCGACCCUGGGAAAAUUCCAAAGGAUUGGCCCACGGCAGUCUUGUCCAAGGGUUUAAGUUCAACCGUAGCAGACGCGAAAGGUCCAAACACAACAAACCUGGAACCAGUGGAUAUGGGGGAAGUCAAAUCCUCGCCAACUGGAACCUCAGAUAUACAAACUCGCAAAGGACGUUGGUGCAGGAAAUGCGAAGCGCCGAAACCGCCGCGUGCUCACCAUUGUAAGCAAUGCAAACGAUGCAUUCCAAAAAUGGAUCAUCACUGCCCGUGGACUUCAAACUGUGUCUCGCAUACAACGAUUCCUCAUUUUAUGCGAUUCGUUUUCUACGCGGUGACAUCCAUGUCCUAUUUGGAGUAUUUCAUCUGUAUCAGAGCGAAAUGGAUAUGGGAUUCUAGAGAUCUUCCGAGCUAUUUUGGCCCAUCUAUACUUCAGCUGUCCCAUCUUCUUGUCCUUUUUUCCGUUAAUUCGUUCACAUUAUUUGUCCUUACUAUCCUAUUAUUUCGUGCAAUAUGGAGUCUCGGAUCUAACACGACAACUAUUGAGAGUUGGGAAAAGUCAAGACAUGGCAUCUUGCUACGUCGGGCCAAAGCUCUUGGCGGAUACCUAGAUGGGCCGGAUGGCACCAAGAUCAAGAUUAAAAAACAGGAAUUUCCAUAUGACAUUGGAAUCUGGAAAAACUUUAAGCAAAACAUGGGAGGAACUUCAAAUAUACUCGCCUGGUUCUGGCCAUUUUCCAGCACCCCUACUCUGGACAGCGGUCUGGAGUUUGAAGUAAAUGGAUUUGAAGACCCUUCCGUUACAUGGCCGCCGCCUGAUCCUGAUCGCAUGCCUCGAACACCUAUUCCGUCAAACCCACAAAACGCAUUCACUUAUAAGGAUGAAUCUGGAAGCUCGCUAUCAUUAGAAGCAUUCAAGCAACGCCAAAGAGAGGACUUGGAAAGGAGAGAAAGCCCUGUGUAUCGGCGGGCGCGAUUCCACAAAAGGUAUGACCGUAGUGGCAAGCGGAAAGAAGACCGGGAUUCUCCUAGUGAGGACGAAAGUGGCGAGGAAGGCUGGCGAAACCGCGAUGGGGAUCGUCUAGCAGAUUUCGGAGUGGACGAAGCGGCAGAGUUCUACGACGAGGACAAUAUUCCGCUGGCAGAAUUGCUCAAAAAGCGCAAGAACGCGCAAAAGGCAUCUUAGAGAGCGGGAGGGGGAAAAUAUCAGCCAAUAUGUAAUCCAACAAAUUUCAACAAUGCAGACAAAGAGAAAUAACUGCAACCAUGAUAUCUUUCGCACAAGAGGAAUCAACGGUUGAUUGGAACAAUGGAAGAAGCAGAAUACUACCGCAUUAAACUCGGUGUAAUUCACCCAAUUCAUUUUACUGUCUUUGUAGCAAGUUCAAAACCAGAUUUGAUUGCGACAAGGGACAUAGUGCAGAACAAGUGA